UACAGAUAGUCCGAAAUGUACUGAACCCACCCCCAUCGCUGAACCGGAAAUAUAUUUCUUCUCUUAAAAAUCCGCAUCUCUCUUGAUUCCAAUUUUCCACGCGGUCCUACCUUUGGCGAUCAUCCAUUGGCAAAGUUCCGGUAGUAGCCUCUGCAGAUAUCGUCAAGCAAACGUAACUUCUCCCCAAAGAGUUCAUCAAAAGAUCAUCAACGACCAUCAUACCUUUUUUCCUUUGAUAAAGUCUCAAAGAAUAUACGAAGGAUCUGCUGCACACACGAAUAUAGACCCACGGAAUAUUUGGCUGCGGUUCUCGCACACCGAACAAUGGCCACGGCUAGCGCGUCCUCACGGGCCGGCUUCACCACGCAGCCAACACCAGAGGAUCCUCAUCGCUACCAAACAGGGUUUGGUAAUCGAUUUGCCUCGGAGGCAUUGCCAAAUGUCCUGCCCAUUGGCCAGAACGUACCUCAGAAAGUAAAGUAUGAUCUGUACUCAGAACAGCUCAACGGGUCAUCCGUCAUCGCCUCUAGGCGAGCCAUCCACCAUGUUUGGAUGUACAGAAUUCGCCCUUCAGUCGCUCAUGGGCCCGUGUUUCCUGCAAAGGAUACGAAUCCCCACAUUGAAACAUCAUUUACAUCGCUAAACCCUAAAGUCGAAUACGUGGCAUCUCAAGAAGCAUGGGACCCAUUCCCAUUACCGUCUUCUGCAAGCGAAGGUAUAACAUUUAUUGAAGGGUUGCGGACCAUCGCCGGCAAUGGAGACCCCACGUUGCGAGAGGGCAUCGCUAUCCAUGUAUACACUGCAAACAGUAGCAUGAAGAGACGAGCACUUUGCAACAAUGACGGCGAUUUUCUUAUCCUCCCACAACUUGGUAGAUUGGAUAUUCAAACGGAACUAGGAUGGUUUAUGGUUCGUCCCGGCGAACUAGCAGUUAUUCAAGCAGGUAUCCGAUUCCGUGUCUUGCUGCCGGAUGGGCCGUCGCGAGGCUAUGUCCAAGAGCUAUUUGGCGGUCACUAUGAUCUGCCUGAACUUGGACCAGUCGGUUCAAACGGCAUGGCACUUCCUCGCGACUUUGAAUCGCCUGUGGCAAGCUUCGACAUUGACGAGAACCCGUGGCAAAUCACGUACAAGCUCGCUGGUACACUACAGACCUGUCACCAAACUCACAGCCCGUUCGACGUUGUCGCCUGGCACGGCAAUUUAGUUCCUUACAAAUACGAUUUACAGAAAUUUGUCAACAUGGCAAAUGCCAACAAGGACCAAGCGGACCCAACCAUCUACUGCGUUUUGACAGCGACGUCCAAGACACCAGGCGUGUCGGCUUCAGACUUUCUUAUCUUUACUGCCAAGUGGCUUACGGCCACAGAUACAUUUAGACCCCCGUAUUAUCAUAGAAAUAUGAGUACUGAAGUCAUGGGCCUAAUCUACGGGCAAUAUGGUGGCAGCAGCCACGUUCUGGAACCUGGCGGCCUCAGCUACGAAGCGAGCUACAUGCCUCACGGCGAAACCUAUGAAGUAUGGAAAGACGCAAGCACAAAAGAACUAAAGAAUGAUAGAAUAUGUGAUGACACCAUGGCUUUCAUGUUCCACAUUAGCGCACCAGUGUUUCUAACUAAGUGGGCAAUGCACGGUGAGGGGUCGAAAUCGCUCCACGAAAGCUCAUCGAACCAAUGGGACGAUGUCAAGGCUCAUUUCCUAGAUCAUCUGGAUGCUAUUAAUCAAGAUUUACGAGCCUCCGGACUACCCGACCUCCAAGAACAGGUCAAACAAUGA